GGAAUAACGUACGUGCGUGAGAUUUUUCCCGUCAAACACCCCGUCUUCCCUCGCCGCCGCCGCCGCCACCGCGACGACCCGCGAGCCAUGGCGCCGUCCGCCAGCUCCUCAUCCUCCUCCUCCGACAGCACGGACUCCACCGGUUCCUCCUCCUCAUCGGGGAGCGACCGCCGCGUCCGCCGCCGCCACAGCCGCCGCAAGGACGCCGCGCCGUCCACCUCCUCCUCCUCCGCGCUCAAGGUGCGCAAGGACCGCAAGCCCCGCCACAAGCGCCGCCGCCGGGAGAGGCGGAGGUCCCGUUCAGACGACGACGGCUACAGUAGCACAAGCUCUUAUGAUAGCGACCGCGAGGCAUCUGGCAGAUCACGUAAGCAUAAGAAGAGCAGUAGAUCAAGGAAGUCUAGGGAAAGAGAGCGAAGCAAGGAUAGGCAUCAUAAACGGGACAAGAGUAAACAUAGAGAGAAGAAAGAGAGUGAACGUUCUAGCGGUCCGGUCCAGCUUUCCAAGUUCCUUGGUCGUGAGAAGGAGGAAAGCGGCAAAAGGAGUGUUAUCUCCGGUAAAAAGAUAAUGAUGAAGCUUGAGAAAUCCAAGGAAGAUAAGGCGGCUGAGAGCAAGCGCAAUGAACUGUUGAAGUUUCUGAAUGCCAGUUAUGAUUGACAACUUGUCGAAAGUGGUGAUCCUGUCUGGAUGGCUUGGAUUUGUCUUGAUGCCGCUGCUUAGUCACAUCUGCGUUUGGUGAUACCAAAAAGCUUUUUGUCCUGUUUUCUAAAGUUAUGACUCUGACCAUCAGUGCUUUAUAUCGGUAUUUUUGAGCUUGUUGGGGUGUUUGUGUUCUCAAAACUUUGAUCGUUGCCAGUUUGUACUUUGUAGCCUCCUUUUUGUAAGCCUGUUUAACCUGGAGAUAUGCCAAUUUUAUAGAAUUUUCCUGGAGUGGUACUUGCUCUAA